AUGACAGCUAAAUGCCGCCAGUGUAACAGCCCAGUCCCUAACCAGCAGAGGCCAUCUUCCACACCAAACGCACAAACGACCCUUUCACACAAGCGACCGAAUAAACAUGCCACUACAACCGUCGCCUCACCUUUUGAAAAACGCAAGGCAGUGGCGUUUUUUACAAGCGGACGAUACAUUGGCAGUCUACGAGCAGAAGAGUUCCUCAGUACUUUCUUACCCUACCAGCAUCCCAAUGCACGUCGCUUGAAGCCACGGAAGGAACGGCUAGACCUCAUGCGAAGCGUUGCUUCGCAACAGUCAGAAGCCGAAAUGUAUAAGCCAUUCGUCCAGGCUCUCGAGAACUGGCCUCCACGGGACCCGGACAGAAAGACCAAGUUGGUGUACAAGGACUGCCAUUCAGCGGGCGACCCUAACUGCGGAGGCCUCUCGGUAGAUAUUUCUAUUGGGACGUCCUCAACGCGCCGGUUUUGGGAAGACAAAUGCUACAUACCCUUUUCAGAACAAGAGUCGCAUGUGAAGAUAAGGUUUUGCGACAGCUCUGAUCCUUUCUGUGAUCGUCAAAUGCGACAAAGGAAUGUCCAUUUGCAAGGAGAAGAUGAAGAGGAAUACGAGGCGGGGAUGGACGAUGAUCAGUGUGUAAGGGAUGACUUGGACAACGUGGAUAUCCCCUCACCGCUUCCAGAUUGCGGGCCAGAGCCAGCUGAGGAUGAGUCUGAUGAUAACGCAGAGGCCGGACAGAAGGGGUUCGUUUGGGAGCACCAUCCCUUCGAGAACAUGACACCGAAGGGUAUUUCAUGUCGUGGACAGAUUGCGUACUAUGCCGCAGCACUCCUCACUGUGCAGUAUAGGGUUUUCUUCUUCCAGCUGAUAAUUUUUGGCCAAUAUGCUCGAUUCGUCAGAUGGGAUCGAUCUUGUGCGAUCGUUUCCGAGCGAUUCAGCUUCGUCGAAGAGCCUGAGCUCAUCUUUGACUUCUACCGUCGGUUUGCUCAGCUGGACUCUAUAAAUCGUGGCUAUGACCCAUCGAUCACUCUGGUCUCGAAAGAUGAAGCUGAUCGUGCCCGAGCUGAAUUCAAGAAAUUUAGCCCCGAUGCUUGGCACGGUCGGUCACAGCUGCCUCAGAGAUUGUACCGCACCAUUCACGAGCAACCCUUUCGAUCUAUCGAGAUGCCGGAUGGGCAUCGUUUUAUCGUCUGUGUACCAGUGUUCUCUCCAGACCGGAAUUGCAUUCCCUUUGGGCGUUGCACACGUCGAUCGCUCGCAUUUGAUCCUGGUACAGGGUCAGUCCACUUUUACAAGGAUUCUCAGUCUCAGAAUUACUCGACUAUUCUCAAGGAAGCUCAGGUAUAUGAGCGUAUUAACGAUAAGCGUCGAAUUGGUGAAGUUCCUCGCGGCCUUUGCACCAUGAUCUCAGGGGGGGAUGUUCCGAAUACCAAGACUAUCGGACACGAGUACUGGGAAGAGGAUUGGGUUUAUGGGAAUGUAAGAGAACCCAUACAGCUUAUCACACACCGGAUCGUCCUCAAGGAAGUGGGAGCGAGUAUCAAAGCCUUCACGAAUAUCAAGACUCUGUUAACUUGUGUAGCUGAUGCCAUGGAGGCGCAUACGUGGCUCGUCCAUGAGCUACGUCUCCUACAUCGUGAUAUCUCACCUGGUAAUAUUCUCAUGGAGAGAGAAGCAGAUGAACAUAAUGUACGGAGGGGAUACCUUAUUGACUUUGAUCAUGCUCUGGACUUAGCACGAGCUGAUCCACUACACCCUCCGGGUCGUGCGGGGACCUUUCUGUUUCUCGCGGCGGCUUUACAUUUGGACCCAGAUGACGACAGUCAGGUUGUUCAGUCAGAGAAGGACGACCGAGAGUCCCUCUUUCACUCCAUCGUGUAUCUGGGACUACUCCAUGCUCGACACUCGCUUAGCAACCGUCCGAUUGCUUUGGAGCGACAACUCAAUCUCAAGUUCGAGAAUGCAGGUUGCGAUGCAAAAUCAGGAGCAUUUUUCGCCCGGUCAUACUCGAAGAUCCGUUGGGCAAACCCCGGCUUGCAACGGUUUGUAGAGGAGUUGGAACCUGUCUUUGCGUCGCGAUAUCUGGAUCUUGCCGAUUGCAGCCGGUCCACACCCAAAGAUCUAGUUAAUAUCGUCAAUCUAGAUACGCGUAGCUGGAUGGAUACUAAAAUUUGGGAGAUUGUUCGCACGAUGCCUUCUCCUCCAGAAAUGGAGUUUAUUAACAAUGAGCAUUAUCCUCCAGCUACAGCGACGAAGAGGGCAUAUGAACGCCAGAAUACGGAAAAUCGGCUGGGGUUUGAUGGGCACCUUGUUUAG